ACGUCACCGGACCCAGAGGCCGGGCUUUGGCGACGGAGGAGGAGGGCGGGUCUUCUCUCGACCCACCUCUCAGGAUUCAAGGGAAAGGGCCCCUGGUCUCUCUUAAAACAGAUGAGCAAAGUAAGAGAUAGCAAGAUUUCCUGUGGUCACACGGCCUGGACAGAAGAGAGUCACAGGUUCUGUGCACUUUCCACCAAACCGGGGUGUAGUCUCUCUUGCUGAGCAUUCUGCAAGUAACCGGUUUGACCCGGGGCUGCGGCGGACGGAUCCUUCCACUCCUCCCCUCCGGCUCUGCAAGCCGCAGGGCCCUGGUCAGGAGGGCGCCGCUGGCCGAGGCCUAUACGGUCCCGCCAUCGGGGGAAGGAGAGACCUUCACCCUCGUCGCCGCCGCUAGUAGCCUGGUCGGCUGACCCCGCGGAGGCUUCAGACCCAGAGUCCCCGGGCAGACAGCGUGCGAGAUGGGACGGACGUCGAAGGACAAACGGGAUGUCUACUACCGCCUGGCCAAGGAGAACGGCUGGCGCGCCCGCAGCGCCUUCAAGCUGCUACAGCUCAAUGAGGAAUUCCGGCUCUUCCAGGGUGUGACGCGGGCGGUGGACCUGUGUGCGGCCCCCGGCAGCUGGAGCCAGGUGCUGAGCCAGAAGAUCGGGAGUCCGCAGGGCUCCGGCCAUGUGGUGGCUGUGGACCUUCAAGCUAUGGCUCCGCUACCAGGCGUGUUACAGAUCCAGGGGGACAUCACCCAGCUGUCCACUGCCGAGGACAUCAUCCGGCUCUUUGAGGGCUGCCCGGCCGACCUGGUGGUGUGCGACGGGGCUCCCGAUGUCACCGGCCUCCAUGAGCUUGAUGAGUACAUGCAGGCCCAGCUUCUCCUCGCCGCUCUGAACAUCGCUACACACGUUCUGAAGCCCGGGGGCUGCUUUGUAGCCAAGAUCUUCCGAGGCCGGGAUAUGACGCUCAUCUACAGCCAGCUGCAUGUCUUCUUCUCCAGCGUGCUCUGUGCCAAGCCCAGGAGCAGCCGGAAGGCCAGCAGCGAGGCCUUCGCCGUCUGUCAGGGUUAUGCGCCCCCUGAGGGCUUCCUGCUGGACCUGACCAAACCCCUGCUGGACCGCUCCUACAAUAGAGGUCUCCACCAAUUAGAUGGUCCCGCCCACAGCAUUGUGCCAUUUGUGACCUGUGGGGACCUGAGCUCCUAUGAUUCAGACCUCGGUUACCCACUAGACCCGGAGGACGGCUCAGAGCACAAGUACACACCACCCGUGCAGCCUCCCCCCCUCCCCAUCUCACCCCUGUGCCAGCGGGCCUGCACAUUGAAGAAGAAGGGGCAACUGGCCAAGGAGAUCUAUCCCCAGGACUGCGCCAUCAACACAGUGGACACAUUGCCCCAGCCCCUGUCUGCCCCACAGCCUGAUGGCCUCUGAGGUGGAAGACAGUAAAAUGAAUUGUUCACCUUAGCACAUCAAGCUGGCGGUCUGUGACAACUCGGCAGCUGUUUGGUAUCAGGAGAACCAGAAUUUGCAUCAGUGCACUUGUUUUUCAAGCAAGUUCUCGUCAGUGGGUCCUGACCACAAGCUUCGAGUGAGAACUUGGCAAUGACCACCAUGAACACAGCCAGGAAAGAAACAUCAUGGAAUGUUCAUUUGAACUGCAGAAGGGGUUUUUGACUGAGAUUUUUCCUAGCGGGAUCCAUGAAUUUGAUGGAGGGAAAUAGUAUAUCUUUAUUUUCACUAAUGUAACUGAAAGUUAGCCUUAUUCCCAAAUAGGAAUUUAGCAGUAAAUAGGUUCAUUUUUAAGGCAGAGUUGUUACGGGCAUCAUGAAACACUGUUCAUGUUUGUCACUAAUUGGAAUUAUGGGAUAUCUGUUAAUUUGAUCUAAUAAAAAAGGCCAUUGUUACUAAAAAAAAACCUUUUUUUUAAAGAGAAGUGAGAAAGCCAAGUAACCACACAUGCAAAAGAACAUCAGAAUUUAGCAGUUUUAAAUGUUUUUUUUGGAGUAAGGCAAGUUAGGAAUGGAUUUUGGCGAGUAUUAAAAGUUAAAAUAUAUUAUUUGAAUUCAGUGAACUUCUUGAUGAAACUGAAUUUGAACCAUUGUAGGAGGGCAGAUAUGCUCUUUACCUAUGAACUUGUCAAAGUGCAUGGAGAAGGGAAACCACAAUCUCUUGGUAAACUAGUGAAUAACAGCAGAGCACUAAUGAUUGCUAAUAUUUCCUUACUAUGAGCAGACAUUGUGCUAAGUGAUAUACUAGUACAUGCAUAAUUUUCAGAAGCAGCUCCAGAAUUUCUACAUAGGCCAGUUUUAGAAUGUAGCUUAAAAGUUUGGACAGCAGGGCUAGGAGGCUUGGACUGGGGAUACAUGGCAGACCUACUCUCUUUUCUUAAAUUAGUUUAUUUGGGAUGGCUCAAGAGGGCUGAUGGUGAUUAUCAUAUAUAAUAAAAAGCUAAUAUGCUCAUUAGAUCAGAACGACCAUCUGGAUGACCUUCCGGACAAAGCCAGGGCUGUGAGGGCUGAGCCCCUUGCACAAAUUUCUUGCAUAGGGCC